AUGCGUGGGACUUUCAUUCUUUCCCUGCUUUCUGCGGCACUGGGUGCCUCUGCUGGUCUGACGUCUUCUAACCUGAAAACUCACGUCGAUGUGCUGGCACUCGACAGUGCCUUCAACCCCGUCAAGGAAGCCUACUGGACUGACUAUCCACACCACCGUCGCACUCCUUUCGCGGUGUCUCCUGAUGGAACUUCUGCCUACAUUGCGUAUCUGGAUUCUAGUGAGACCGAUGUUCAUGUUCAGAAGUUGGAUCCUACGACUCUCGAGGCUACGGGCACUACGGUAACCGUCUCUGGUGGAAAGGAAGCCGGAGGUCUCGUCGCUCACAACGACGGUUUCGCUGUUCUGGUCAACGAAGCCAUGCCUUCGGGCACCACUAAUGCGCCGCCCAGUGAUACCCCCGUUGCUGUGUUGUACCGCUACACCGAUGGAAAGCAGACAUGGAAGACUUGGCUGGGCGGACCUGGAGUGCACGCUUCUGAUGGCCUCUCUUCCUCCCCGGACAUGAACGGUGACCUCGUUUACUCUGAAAGCGAAGAGCUCUACGGUGCAUACUUCGUUGUCACUGAUUAUACUGGGGACGCCUCCGGUCACUACGGUGACAGCAUCCAGUACGUUACCAAGGCCGGAGACUUGGACACGAUAACCGGUGCAUCAAGCUCCUGGGGAUGCAGCCACAAUACCGGUAUUGCGUUCGAGGAUGCCGACCAGGCUCCCUUCGCCAGUAUCUGCGCUGAGGACCAGGGCGCUAUCUGGCUAAACACCAAGGGACAAGGCAUGAUGAAUGACGGAGUCAAGAUUUCUAACGAGAACACCACCAACGGUGGCUCUGGUGAGCCCAUGGGUGGUAUGUCGGGUAGUUACAGCGCGCUGGCUCGCUUUGCCGACACCACCAAGUACAUCUUCGCCUGGGUUUCUCGCGGUGCCAUCGAUGUGACCGAAAACACCUGGAUGGGCGACGGUUACACUCAUGUCAACAACCGCACCAAUGGCCGCAACGUUGCCAUCUCCCUAUUCACGGAUAAGUAUACCAAGGUAGGCGACCAGGCCACCUCGGUGGUUGGCACCGAGGACGGAGACAGCCAGGUCAACUGGGUGACCCAAGGAUCGAAUGACUGCUCCAAUGCCCAUGCCGCAACCUUUGGCACCAGCUCGGCCCUGAUCACCUGGGAAGAAAUCUCGAACCCGAUCUGUGACUACAUUGCGAUGGGCUGUCGGGGACAGUUUGCGGGCACUUUCUUCCAGGAGGUGAGCUCAGAUGGUACCAAGGUUGGUGAUGCUUUCACCAGCACCGAUGUCUAUAUUGCAGGUGACAUGGUCACUAUGUCGGAUGGUCGUAUCUGCUGGCCGUAUGUCAGCAUGGAGUGGGAUUUGUCGCAGGCGGUUGGGUAUGGUAGUACUUCUUCCACUACUAAGAACAUGUCCUUCGCUUGCAUGGGCACUGAAGAGAUCACCAACGCCACCACUCCUGCCGAGACUACGACUACUGCUGCUACUGCUACCAAGACUACUGCUGCCGCUGUGGAGACUACUACCUCUGUUAGCAGUGCUGCUAUUGGGACUACUUCUGCUGCUGCUGUCGCCGAGACUCCUGCAGUGGUUGAGAGUACCGCUGCUGCAGAGACAACUGUCGCCACCGUUGCGAUCCACGCUUCCGCUAAGACUGUUACUCCUGCUGCCGCUAAGCAGGCUGUGCAGGCUAUUACUACCUUCGCCACCCAGGCUCAUCAGUCUUCGAGGCCCAGCACUGUCGUGGCUUACCCCAGCAGUGUUGUGACUGCCCCGGCCAUCCCAACCGGCAAUGCCCAGGAUACCCUGGACUUUGUCCGAGCCGUGUUCAGAUUCCUGGUCGGGAACAACUAA